UCGUCACUGGCCUUCCCCUGUCACUUGACGAAUAACAAUACUAGACAUCCUCCUUCAUUGCCUGAUAUUGCAACAGAACGCAUCGCUUCCUCCUCAGACCCGUACAGCUUUUGCUCUAUUUUCUAUCGCGCAGAUAAACUGUAACACAAUGCCUCACUCAUUCCCAUUCCUCUCUACGGAGCAGAAGAAGGAGCUCAGUGAUAUUGCUCAGAAGAUCGUCGCUCCCGGCAAAGGAAUCCUUGCUGCCGAUGAGUCCACAGGCAGCGUGGCCAAGCGCUUCCAAAGCAUCAACGCUGAGAACACUGAGGAGAACCGCCGUCUUUACCGCCAGCUCCUCUUCACGGCCGACCGCGUAGAGCCAUGCAUCGGCGGAGUCAUCUUCUUCCAUGAGACCCUGUACCAGAAGACAGACGACGGCAAGCUGUUCCCUCAGCUCAUCAAGGAGAGAGACAUGGUGGUGGGCAUCAAGGUGGACAAAGGUGUCGUCCCCCUGGCCGGGACCAACGGAGAGACCACCACUCAGGGUCUGGAUGGGCUGUACGAGCGGUGUGCCCAGUACAAAAAGGACGGAGCUGACUUUGCUAAGUGGCGUUGUGUGCUGAAGAUCACUGACACCACCCCCUCAGAGCUAGCCAUCAAGGAGAAUGCCAAUGUGCUGGCCCGCUACGCCAGUAUCUGCCAGAUGCAUGGCAUUGUGCCCAUCGUGGAGCCCGAGAUCCUGCCAGACGGAGACCAUGACCUGAAGCGCUGCCAGUAUGUUACUGAGAAGGUUCUGGCUGCGGUGUAUAAGGCUUUGUCUGACCACCAUGUAUACCUGGAGGGCACCCUGCUGAAGCCCAACAUGGUCACCCCAGGACACUCCUGUUCCCAAAAGUACAGCAACCAGGAGAUAGCCAUGGCAACUGUCACCGCCCUGCGCCGCACCGUGCCCCCGGCUGUGCCUGGCAUCACCUUCCUGUCUGGCGGCCAGUCUGAGGAGGAGGCCUCCAUCAACCUGAAUGCCAUGAACCAGUGUCCCCUUCACCGGCCCUGGGCCAUCACCUUCUCCUACGGCCGCGCCCUGCAGGCCUCCGCCCUCAAGGCCUGGGGAGGCAAGCCAGAGAACGGCAAGGCCUGCCAGGAGGAGUUCAUCAAGAGAGCCCUGAACAACAGCAAGGCCUGUCAGGGCAAGUAUGUUUCCUCCGGAGACAAGGGCGCCGCCGGCGGAGAAUCCCUCUAUGUGGCCAACCACGCCUAUUAAGUAUGGACCCACCCCUUUCAAUAUCAAACCAGACCCACACUAUCCACUCAGCUGAUACAGUUCUGUCUCGACCCCGCCCUCUUCGUGGGCCUAUUCCUGUUACUCUUUUCUUCCCAAAACUCUUCCCAUCUUCCACUUUUUUUUUUGUUGCUUUGGGAUUGUGAUGUCACUGUUAUGUCAUUGUGUAGUUCAGGAAAGUUGUGUAUUUUGUCACUUUUUUUUAUUUUAGCACUCAAACAUCUCCCCGAGAGAAGAAUCUGUGAUCCUCUGCCCAUAGUCAUUCCCCAUUCACUGCUGAGCUUGAGAGUUCCAGCUCUUUGUCCCCACCCCCCCACUGCUUACAUGGUCCUUCUCCCCAGACUGCCCCUCCUGAUUCAGUGUUGUCAUCUUGAUGAUUCCUAAGUACAUGUGCCUUCUUCUCUCGACUGAAAAAAACACAAAAGGAAGACCUUUUAGAGUAUAUUAUUAAUGUUUGAUAUUCUAUACACUGGAAAUAGAAAUAAAGAAUCAUAUUCACUAAA